AUGCCGCCCGCCUCAAAAGAGCCCAAGGGCCAGAAAGAACUCGAUGUCAUCGUCAAUGCGACCCUCGAGCUGAUCCAGCGCCUCCAAACCGUUCUCUCCGACAUCAACCGCAACCCCACAGCCACUUCGACAUCCUCAACCCAGAGCAGCGGCCAGGCACCUCUCAACAGCCUCGCGCUCGCCCAAGACUCCGCCGCCCUCGUCCGCGCGCACGCUACCAAGGUCUCUCUCCUCAUAGUCAACGAGCCUUUCACCCCAAGCGCCCUGGUUGGCGUGAUCCGCGAGCUCGCCCAGGGUCCCUUGCCCUCCCUCGCCGCCUCGGCCGAGACCUGCACCGCCGACCGCUAUACCGCAGUGUUCCGCAAGGAGCUUGCAUGGAGAUGUCGCUCGGUUCUCCUGGAACUGGCCAAGCUGCUGGAGAAGAUCCCAAAGGAUGGGAAGGCUCUGUCAGCGUCCGAGCAAGGCUUCUCUGCCGACAAAGGAAGCAUUGCUCUAACUGGUGUUCUCUGGGCUGCGUGCGACCAGGUCGCAGUCCUGACCAAGGGAGGUGUUGGUGGGUUCUUUGUCAAGAAGGUGGAGGAAUGGCGGGACACUCUGAAGGAUGUCAUGGAAGAGCUCAAGGAGUGGGGAGAGCAAGAACCCGACGACGACGAAGAUGACGAUCCAGUGCACGACAGCUCCGAGAACACGAAGCAGAGCCUGAUCGACGACUUCAUGAGCUCCGACCGAACCAUUCCCAAAUCCGACCCCGAUAAGAUCCGCCCCCGCCUAGAAACAUCUCUAAAGCGCCUCCGUCUUGUCACCCUUCUCUACCAAGCCAUCGUCAAGCGCCGCAUCAAGAAGCUCCCGACUAUCCCCCCACCUGAAGAUGCAGACGAGUCUGCUAAGGCCGUGCCCACGAAACUCAAUAACGCCGCCCACGUCCUCGAGGUGCUCCCUGAUCAUUUCGGGGACCUUGCCGCGGCCAUAUACGAUCUCGACCCUGAAGAGAUCGACGAGAUAAUGGACCAGUGCUUUACAGAUGCCGAGACGGUGAGCAAUGUGCUGGGGCAGACGUGGGAAGGAGGCAAGGAUGAGUUUACAGAGUGGACGGAGAAGUUCAAGACGGAAAUACGCAAGGCAUAG